AAUCAGUCAACAACCCAUCAAGGGGGCAUUCAAAGCCUCAAUAGAUUAUUGAAAUGAAUGGGUCGGCACACCAUCAAGUCAAGUCAGUAAAUGGCAAAGGGGAACAUGAUUACAGUCCAAUGAUGGCAAGGCGAACCACACCAAGGAUGCACCAUCGGAUAAGAAUGGAUAGCUAUCAAGGGACAGAUUCAAAAAGACAUCCCCGCUGCCUGGAUCGAACAGGCGACACCCAGAUCACAAGGUUAACAUUACAGUCUGAUGCUCUUCCAACUGAGCUAAGCGGGGAUAUAUUCUCAUUGCACGCUCUAGGCUGAUAAAGCUUGGGUGUGCGCAUGAAGCUGGGAAUCAUUCAAUGGACUCAGAAAUUAUCAGGACCGAUCACCCA